AUGUUCAUAUCUAUCUAUCUAUCAUUAUCUAUCUAUCUAUCUAUCUUAAUCUCUCCCGACUAUGUAUUUCUCAGUGUGUAUAAAAUGUACAUUAAUGAACACUAUCUAUCUAUCUAUCUAUCUAUCUAUCUAUCUAUCUAUCUAUCUAUCUAUCUAUCUCAGUCUGUUUAUAUCUAUCUAUCUAUCUAUCUAUCUAUCUAUCUAUCUAUCUAUCUAUCUAUCUAUCUAUCUAUCAGUCUGUUUAUAUCUAUCUAUAUAAGUCUGUUUCUAUCUAUCUAUCUAUCUAUCUAUUUUGAAUUUAUCUAUCUUAGCUUGAAUUUAUCUCUCUCUCUCUCUUUUGAAUCUAUCUAUCUAUCUAUCUAUCUAUCUAUCUAUCUAUCUAUCUAUCUAUCUAUCUAUCUAUCUAUCUAUCUCUACAAGCGUAAGUAUUCCAUAUGCGCUGACGGUUCGAAAUCGCUUCCCGUACUAUGCGAUUCCAAAAUGUACGGUCGUCGUCUUGGCCCCAUGUCCAACUCUAUGCCCAACAUGGAAGCGAACGCGAAAGGCGGCAGUCCGGGAUUGAAUCAUCAUCGCAAAGACAAACAAGGAGCCGAUCGCACUGACGCAGCAGCAGCCGCCAACGGUGCUAAGCGAUACGGAAUUCUUACAUCCAUUAUUCGCUUUUUGAGCUCAAAGACGAAGACUAAGGCCAAGUCGAAAAGGAAACCUAAACCAAUCCAACAACGUAGCAAGCGACAAAGAACGAUAUCUGCCAUGUCGAAUCUAGACCCGAUCCAGGAAAGCCCCGAUGAGAACGAGGAACGUCAUCUAGACGAGGAGGAGGAGGAAGAAGAUGACAACGACUCCUACACCCAUGAUACUUGCUCUUCUACAUCAGAGAGUGAUAGUAUAGGAAGCGGAGACCCUUAG